AUGAGAGACAGUGUCCAAAUGCAGCCUGCUGUACAGGUUAUGAGCCAUGAUCAAGACCCCAAAGUUGCGGCUUUGGCCAAACAUGGUGACGUUGCUCUUGGUUUCCUUGAGACACACGAACCAGUGGUCUUUACUCCGGAAGAGGAAAGAAAGGUCGUUCAGAAGAUUGAUCGAGUGUUAAUGCCGCUAAUGGUCAUCAGCUACACGAUUCAGUAUAUGGACAAGAGUGUCAUGGCCCAGUCAGCUGUUUUUGACCUGAUGUCCAGCCUUGGAUUAAAAAACCAAGAGUAUUCAUGGUGUGGUUCCAUCUUUUACUUCGGGUACCUCGCUUUUCAGCCAUUCGCUGCUCGUUUACUGGCUUKGAUGCCCCUAGGACGAUUUGUCGCGUACACUUCAAUCGUAUGGGCAAUAAUUUUGUUCUGUACAGCCGGUGCUUAUAAUUUCUCUGGCAUGAUGGCAGUCCGAUUCUUCCUAGGUAUGGCUGAAGGUGGUAUCUCACCCGCCUAUGUUUUGAUCACAGGCACCUGGUACAAGAAGAACGAAAUUCCCUUGCGCAUCACAUACUGGUACUGUGGAAACGGGCUCGCAAUCAUAAUUCAGUCGUUCAUCGCUUAUGGUAUCGGCCAUAUCAACACCGGUAUUGCAGUCUGGAGAUGGUUCUUUAUUAUAUUUGGCAUUCUUGGUCUGGCCUGGGCCGCUGUCCUGUGGAAGUAUAUGCCAGACACUCCUCUAACUGCCAAAUUUUUCAAUGAUCGUGAAAAGGCCAUCGCUGUGGAGCGUCUUCGUGAAAACCGCACCGGUAUCGCCAACAGGGAUUUCAAGAAGGAUCAAUUCAUUGAAGCUCUGACUGAUCUAAAGGUCUGGUAUGGGUUCUUGUACGCAAUCGCCUGCGUUACCCCUUCAACGUCAGUGGCCAAUUUCGGCUUCGGUUAUGGCAGCUUUGAAACAUCACUCCUCAAUACACCACUUGGCCUAACGGAAAUAAUCGGUUUGCUGGUGACUGGCUAUGUCACCUUUUACUUCCGCAAUACUCGCUGUUUGAUGCAGUUUAUUUGCAACGUGCCUUCUGUCAUUGGUGCUGUGCUUGUUUACACCCUGCCGAAAUCUAAUCAAGUAGGCCGGCUCAUCGCUUUCUAUUGUACUAAUUUCACAAACGGCUCUCUUCCCAUGAUGUUCUCUCUUACAACGACAAAUAUCGCUGGCCAAACAAAACGCGCUACAGCCAGCGCUAUUAUGUUCCUAGGUUAUUCUGUUGCAUUCAUAAUUGGCCCCCAAUUCUUUCUGACCAAGGAGGCUCCUCAGUAUCCUACCGGUUUCAAGGAGAUGAUGAUCUUGUAUGCUGUCGCUUGUCUUACUCCAGGUCUAUAUGCCAUGUAUGCAAUGUGGUUGAACAAGCGCAAGGCCCAGAAGCUACAAGAGAUGGGCGAUGCAGAUAUCCAUAUUGAAAACGAAGAAUUUUUCGAUAUGACUGACAAGCAGCAGCGGCAUUUUGUGUACUCGUAUUAG